GUGGUGUUGACCUUGCCUCGAAAAGAAAGAGAUGCAGUAGCGACCGUGAUUGUAACCCUGAGCCUUGAAGACAUAAACGGUCGGACAAUUCGCGCCAUCAAUAUGGUUCAAAACGACUCGCCAUGUCCCUUACCAUUCUCAAUGACCCUUUCUCGAGCGAUGCGAUCACUGCAAUCUCUCCUCUCGACGUCAACGCCGACACAGUCUGGGAUGGCUUCCGCCUCAAUAAAAGUCUCAACAGCGGACGCCUUCGGCUGAACGAGACGAAGUCGGAGUCACUGCCACCUUUCAAGUCAGAUGUCCUCCAACUUAACCUUGAAGAUGUUCCUCUGCCGGAUUUGUCGAGCGCGCCCUCAAUUUCCUCUUCUGGAGCCGUUAGCGAGCCAGACCACGACACACAGCGCGACCAUGAGGACGAUGAGGCGGCCACUGUCUGGAUACUACCUGAAGUAAUAGGAAAGAAGGCGAGCACCGAACUGAUAUCUUGGGAUACGUUCUUGAACAGACAGCAUGCGGAACUGCCUUCUGGAUAUAUCAGCGAAGCAGGUCCCAGAACUUUUGCUACCAUCGUCGCAGCAACGAGCUCGACCGUUGGUGCGAAGAACGUCAAGUCCGAUGUCCUUCUCAAUGCGUUUUUUGAACUUGGCAUGGGAAGAAGUUCUGCCCUCUUUGACUGGAAUGAGCAAGAGCGAAGGUUCACAAGGAGGUUGGAGGCUUUCACGGCAGAGGGAUACAGUGCGCAUCUUGUACAAGAUCUAUUCGAGACAACUGCUCGAAUUGGCACGUCCAGCAAGACCCUGGCUGAGACCUUUCAAGUCUCCGUCGGCCUCUCCUCUCCAUGUCAAGUGGCUUUCCUGGCAGCGUCGAAGGCCGCGCUGCAUGCCGGUCACGUACACCUCGAGGCGUCAAGGCCCACCAUCAAGUCCCUGCUGCAGCUGAAAGCCAUGAUGUCGAAAGUGGAAGGCCUGGUGGCUACGUUGAAGCAAUGUAAUGAUGCUGUGCAGCUCUGCAGGACUGACGACGCUCUCCUGUCUGUUGUCACCAAAAGAGCAGCUCUUGCAUCCUUCUCAUAUUCUGGUGUCGAAGGGAUAUUGCAGUCAAUCUUUGCAAGGACAUGCCGGCCGUUGCUAGAGCAGCUUAGUGUUGAAAUCGGACUCAGCAGUCCACAACAAGCUGACGACGACAGUAUGUCGCUAGGGAUGAGCUCACCAAACGAGCGAGUAUGGAACAGUAUCUUUCAUCCAGAUGUCUCGGGGUUAAUCUCCGAGACCCGACAGACCUUGGUACUGUUGAAGCUAUACGCGCCAGACUGUCCUAUCUUGGCCAAUUCGGAAUCCAGACCAUCGAGCCUCUCAACUCUUGAGAUCGUCUAUACCAUCAAUGCCCUGUCAGGUCUUCAAGCUCGGUCCGCAGCAUAUGAGGAUGCGAGAAGCUCACUGCUUACCUCAGCCAAAUCCUCGACUACCACCAGCUUACUGGUAACGCCAGCUUCUGAUAGCUUUGGGCUGGAUGGUCCGGAUCCUGUUCAAUUCGAUCCCGUCGACCCAUUCCACCUCGACUUGAAUUUCUUCGCGCCAGAUAGAAUUCUGCUGGGCAAAACGGAACAAGAUGAGUUGCACGACAGAGUCUUGUCCUGUCUUGGAACCUCGGAAUUCGACGACGCGCCUUUUCAAGUGGACAUAGAGCAAGCUUUACCUCUAUCUGUCACGCCUCUCAUAUCAGCACAACACCGCCUUCUGUCGUAUUCAGUCCUCGAAUUACUUUUCCAAAAGUACAAUCUCGUCGAGCACAUCAACAUGCAGCGACAAUUUCACUUUCUGAGCAAUUCAUCCUUCAGCUCGCGACUUGGAAUAGCGCUCUUCGACCCCGAUCAGAGAACCGGCGAAACCCAGAGACGGACAGGAGGCUCUACAGGACUUCGUUUGCAAGCUCGGGACACAUGGCCUCCUGCAAGCUCAGAGCUGAGACUUGUGCUUAUGGGCAUUUUGUCGGAUAGUCUUGCAUCGACCAAAGGUCGCUCUAUUGAAGAUUCGAUAUCAUUCGCCAUCAGAGAUAUGUCUUCGGACGAGCUUGAGAAAUGUCGAGAUGUCGACUCCAUCCAUGCCCUGGACUUCCUUCGACUCCAAUACAAGCCACCGAACGAUGUUCUCGGCACAGUCCUUACUCCGGACGCGCUGGAGAAGUAUGAUCGAGUAUUCCAGCUGCUUCUACGCAUUUUAAGGGUGCACAAAUUGACACAGAGCCUGCUGCGGGAAAGUGAGCCUGCAGAGCACAACGUAGUGUUCGAAAUGCAUCACUUUAUCACGACUUUGGCAGACUAUUGCCACAACACUGCGAUCGAGUUGCACUGGCGUAGAUUUGAGGAUGUUCUGCGCAAUGUCAAAGCACAUCUUGUCAACAAGGACUACGACAACACGCUUUGUAUGGUUAAGAGUCAAGACUAUCUCCGAGUACUGCAUGAGAGGACUUUGGACUGCAUCCUCCAUGGCGUGUUCUUGAAGAAGAGAAAAUCCGGCGUUCAGCGUCUGCUGGACGAUAUUUUCUCGACGAUUCUUCAAUUCGCCGCGCACCGGCGGCCGACGCACAAUACUGAUGACACGACUGAUGGGUUCAUGAUGAAACGAAAGGAAUUACAGGCUCGCUUUAGAGACCAGGUUAAACGGUUCAUUGAUGCGCUGGGUGGUCAAAGUCGGGCAGAAGCGCCCUCUCUGCACCAGGGGUUUGCCGGAGAAUAUACUAACAAUGAUGUGAAUUUGCCCGAGUAUCUGCUUCUCCGGCUAGACAUGUCUGGAUAUUGGACUAGAAGGAGCCAUGGACGAGGGAUAUCACAUAUUGACUUAUAAUUGAACACAUGUCCCAACCAUUCCGAGUAGCCUGAAAGGAUGUUGGCAAUGAUAGAUGGUGGUGUAUGUAUUGGAUUGUUCGUACGAGGCCUAACUAGCGACCUGAUUUGCGCAGGAAUGAGACUGGCUGCAUGAGAAACAAGCAAAAAGAAGCACAACACCAAGUUAGUUCCGUUU